AUGAGGUUCUUAUGUCUCCCAGGAGCCUAUGGCAGCGCGAAGGUUGGACCACCAUAUGCAUUUGCAGUAUACUUGCUAACUUUCAAGCAGAACUUUGAGGUUCAACUAGCACCUUUCUGUAAAGAACUCAUCUCAGAUGGCAGUGCAGAAUUCUUCUUCACCCAAGGAACAAUUCCUUGUUCCCCGCCUCAAGGAUUCACAGAUUACUUCGGACCAGGACCACAUUACAGAUUCAUCGAAUACGAUGGGAUCGAAGGGACCAAUCAAAACGAUGUUCUUGAGCGAGUACGAGAUUUCCCCGAGGGCGAGAAUGCCGAAGAUGUGCUGCGAGAGUUGAUGCCCCAAGGAGAAGAUGGCAUUCGAUCAAGUGUCAGGAACGCUCUUGAUGCUAUAUAUCACACCAUAGAGGCACACGGGCCAUUCGAUGGGAUCUGUGCAUAUUCCGAGGGAACUGUUGUUGCAGGCACAUUCAUCAUGGAUGAGUUGCGAAGACAGCAGGAGGAAGGGAGGCCAAGACAGAUCAAGAGGGCGAUAUUCUUUGCUGGCUGGCCUCCAUUGAAUCUGCAAUCAAAUGAGAUGGUCUUGGCCGAUACCAGCGAAGAUAUCAUUGAUAUUCCCACAUUACACUGUGUUGGCGCAGAUGAUCCAUAUCUCCAAGGCGCAAUGGCAUUGUUUAACGUCUGUGAUCCGGAUGAAGCCAUUCUUUUUGAUCAUGGGAAAGGUCAUACUAUUCCAAGGGAUGCGCAAACUCUGAAGGAGCUAGGGAAUGCGGUACGGGGUCUGGGUUUGGCAAGUGCUUAA